AUGUCAACCGAAAUUGUGAGCGUCGCGGUGAGAUUAAAGCGCGGCAUUGCUCGCUCCUCGAUUGAGAGUCGUCUCGAAGAGUUGAGUGGUCUAAUACAGGAGGAAAUUCUACGCGGAAAGGUUUACAAUUGGCGGGCGUUCAUGAUAUCACAACAAGAAGCCGAUUUUGAACAAGUUAUCGUCGAGAAUUUGCAAGUGCUGCCAGCUUUCUCUACACUGAUCUCCGCAAUAGUUUUUGGGUCGUUAACAGCGAAUGAUGGAGAAAUGUUGAAAUUUACCGAGAAGCUGGAUCAUCAGCUUUUUCACAUCUAUUGCCCUUCCCAGGAUGAGGCGUUCUCGCAGGAUUUGAGUCUCGAUGGGGAAAAAGACGGUUCGGUCCUUUCGUUUGUGCUUUCGCUGAUACGAAUGAGUACUCGCGGCGUGAAUACGAAGAUUAUUAACGUAAACCGGCUUUUAUUAUUGUUAGGCCCGCCAGGCACAGGAAAAACGUCGUUAUGCCUCGCUCUCGCUCAACAGCUUUCCAUUUGUCUUCGAUCAAAAGGUUUCCCGCGAUCGAUUCUGAUCGAAAUCAACACUCAUUCUUUGUUCAGCAAAUGGUUUUCCGAGAGUGGCAAACUAGUGAUGAAGAUGUUUGAUCAAAUCGACGAGGCGGCUGAAGAUGAAAAAACUUUUGUUUUCGUGUUAAUUGAUGAGGUUGAAUCUCUUGGAAUUUCUCGUACUGGAUCGGUUUCUCGAAGUGAUCCGGCAGAUUCAAUACGAGCGGUCAACGCACUUCUCACACAAAUCGAUCGAAUUAGACGCCGUCAAAACGUCUUCAUUAUGUGUACUUCGAAUUUAAGAGAGUGCUUGGAUUCAGCCCUUGUUGAUAGAGCCGAUCUGAUUCGAGUUGUGCCACCGCCAGGGUUACAAGCUGUUACGAGGAUUAUACUCGAUUGUAUCAAUGAAUUGAAAAGGGUAGAUUUGCUAAAGAUUGAUGAUGAGUCCAUUUUCAUGUCCCAACUCGAAGAAUAUUUGCCUCGUCUUGUUGGUAUGAGUGGUCGAUCGCUGAGGAAAAUUCCUGCCCUCAUCUAUACAAAUUCUUUUACGGAAGUUUUAUCGGGUUCCAAUUUUCUGACUAGCCUGGGAGCCGUGAUCGAAAAACAGGCUAAACAUCAAACGGAUAGGAUU